AUGCGUUACAUUGCACAUCUUUCAGGGUUGCGAAAUCGAGAUUGUCGCCAUGAAUCUUUACCAGAAAAAGGACUGUCUACCUCUCUUUCAGUACUGACCGUUAAGUGCUGCCUUCUACUGCAAGCAAGCUCUCAGAACAAUGGAGGGAAAGAGUGGCAUAAGAUUGCACAUAUGAAUCAUCAGCCAAGAAAGAAGCCAGCUAUGAUUGGUCUCAAGUCAUGGAAAUGUAGAUUGCUGCCAAAGAUGAAUGGGAGGUUGAAGAAGUUGGUUCAGUCUUGGCUCAUCAAUUUCAUGUUUGAUAAUUUGAUGACUCAUUUCAUGAAAUGCAAAAUGUAUAGGUUUUAUUUGGAGUAG